AUGCCUGCCAACCUCAAGUUCCAUCCUUCCCUCACUGGUAUUAACAUGACGGCAGAAAGGGAAAAGAGAGUGAGCGGACAGCGACAGGUCAAGCUAAGGUUACAGAUCAUUUUCUAUGAAGACAAGAACUUCUUAGGCCGAUCCUACGAGUGCAACAGUGACUGUGAUGACCUGCACUCGCAUUUCAGUCGCUGCAAUUCUAUUCAGGUUGAAAGUGGAAGCUGGAUGGUAUAUGAGCGGCCAUACUUUAUGGGAUACCAAUACUUUCUGCGUCAGGGCGAGUAUGCGGACUACCAAUGUUGGAUGGGUUUCAAUUAUUGUGUCAGAUCCUGUCAAAUGAUACCCCAGCACAAGGGAGCCAACAAAAUGAUCAUCUACGAACGUCCAGACUUCAGUGGUCAGAUGAUGGAGUUCACUGAUGACUGUCCAUCUCUUUCUGAUAGCUUCCAUUACAAUGACAUACAUUCUUGCAAUGCUCAAGAUGGAUUCUGGAUUUUCUAUGAGCACCCUAAUUACAGAGGCAGGCAAUACCUCCUGAGACCCGGCGAGUACAGGAGAUACAGUGACUGGGGUGCCUUGAGCUCAAGAGUCAGUUCUUUGAGACGUAUUACCUUUUAA